CGACGAUGAUGUGGAGUUGUGGCCGAAGAUGACCACGUCCUAUGAGGAGGUUGAUGGUCCCGAUCUGGGGGGUGCCAGCUGAGGCCGAUGGUUUUGUGAUGGACCGCAUGUCGUUCAUGAAGAGGGCCCAACUCAAAGCGGCCGAGGAGCUGAAGGCACAACAACCUGGGGCUACUGCUGCGGCCAAGCCGCCGGUGCAGCCGAAGAAGAAGAGGCGGGCCGAAGAGGGCCAGAAGAAGUUGACGGAGGUGGGAAUGAAGCCUCCCAAUAAGUCAAAGAGGGCUUCUUCUGUCGGCGCUGCUGGGACGUCGACUGUUCCUUCUGGGGACGGAGAGGGUUCAAAUCCUGAUGCUAUGGUGGACCACCCUUCAGGCCCGUCGUCCACCAUUCUUUCCACUAUUCC